AUGAAGUGGUCGAGAAAGAAAUUCUCAUCUCUGUUCACUCGCGUCAUCUCCAAAUUCAAGCGAAAUUCAUCCAAAAAUCGAAAUUCUACAGUGCGCGAUUUUCCCUCUCCGAGCUCCUCAUCCUUGUAUACAGAAGGAAGAUUCUACAGCAUGAACAAAGACGACAGAUACUGGAGAAUCUCCUUCAGCCACGACACAAUCCAGCCGCGCCAGAGUAUCAACCACCCCAUCUGGCUUGAUCCCGACGUGUUUUCCGGCUUCAACAAGCUCGGAUCAGCUGAGCCUCCCAGGAAGAAUUUCAGCGAGAUGGUUUCGGACAUAAAGCGGAAUAGAGACAGAGAAAGGAGAAGGUACAAAAUUGGAGGAGAGACAGAGCUUCCUCCAGAGGAAUCGGAAUAUUCUAGCCAGUUCCGGAACAUAAAGGUCAAACCCGAACCUAAAACCGAGGCCCGGGUCAGAAGAGCGAGGGAAAAGGUUAGGGCGUACUCCCCGAGAACCGAGUGCAAGAUCAGGGCUCUCGAGGAGAUACGUAGAUCUAGGACAAAGGCCAAGAAGAGGGUUCCGAAGGAGCGGGUGGUGGAGGGGAACACAGUUUUUGAUGGCUUUGCGGUGGUCAAGAGGUCGCUCGAUCCACAUCGAGAUUUCAAGGAUUCUAUGAUUGACAUGAUUCGGGAGAAGGGGAUAGGGCAUCCUGACGAUCUUGAGGAAUUGUUGGCUUGUUAUUUGACGUAUAAUUCUGACGAAUAUCAUGGUUUGAUCAUUAGCGUAUUCAGACAGGUUUGGGUCCAGCUCGGAAUUAGGAGUUGAUCCCUCAAGAAUGAAGAAUGUAUCGUAUUUUUAUUGUUAGGUGAAUUGUGUUAGGGCGUUUUUUGAUACAUAAACGGCUGUUGUCUCAUUAAAAAAAAUGGUUGAUAUAGUGUUAGGACUUAGGAUAGUUAGUUUGUUGGUAAUCUACU